AGAACCUAGUACACUCUCCCAAUCUUGCAGUGAGGCACACGACCAACAACCAUCAUGCUCUUUGCCAUUCCCGUCAGCCUGCUGGCUCUGCCCAUUGCGCAGGCCAUCGCCAAGCCAACCGGCAGCACGCCAGCGCCUGUAAAUGUGACUACGUGCAAUGGCAAGACUUACACCUACUCCGCGCUUGCGGGCUACGGCAAGCUCGCUGGCGACGCCCGCGACAAGUUCGGCGACACCAUUGGCGGCAUUGGAAGUUCAAUCGCGCUCGACAAGAAGAGCUGGAAGAGCAAGAAAGGCAAGAAAGAGGCGUACACCGGCAUCGUCUACGGUCUUCCUGAUCGCGGCUGGAACACCGAAGGCACGCAGAACACGCAGAGCCGCAUCCACAAGUUCAGCUUCGACUUUGAGAUUGUAGAGGCGACGGUGGAGAAGCCGGCGUCGCCCAACUUCAAGCUCACGUAUCUGGAUACGCUGCUGCUGAGUGGGCCUGAUGGCACGCCGUUGACGGGCCUCGACCCGACUGGCAACGUGUCGUACGAUGGCUUUCCCAGCCUGCCGUUGGCGACGUACACCGGUGAUGGCUUUGGAAAUAACGGAACCGGAGGCUCGCGCGUGCCUCUUGACACCGAAGGCCUGGUCCUUGGAGACGAUGGAUCCUACUGGAUCAGCGACGAGUACGCUGCAUACGUGUACCAGUUUGACAAGAAGGGCAAGAUGAUCCAGGCCAUCCGCACUCCAGAUGCUUUCGUUCCGCUGCGCAACGGCACUGAGUCCUUUAGCGCCGCCUCCCCGCCCAUCUACGACCAGGACUUGGAGAUCACUCCUGAAGACCCUUCUACUGGACGAGCCAACAACCAAGGUCUCGAAGCGUUGACUGCCAGCCCUGACGGCAAGUACUUGUACACCAUGCUGCAGAGUGCGACGAUCCAGGACGGCGGCUCCAAGGCAGCCACGCGCCGCAACACUCGCUUUCUCAAAUACAGAGUCAAGACCAAGUCGGUCGAGCUCGAGGCAGAGUACGCCGUCCAGCUCCCCGUACUCUCAACCGGCAGAGUUGCCGGCCAGUCAGAGAUCCACUACAUCUCCGACACGCAGUUCCUCGUGCUAGCCCGCGACUCCGGCGCCGGCCACGGCCAGGCCGCGUCCGAAUCCAUCUACCGCAACGCCGACGUCAUCGACAUCUCCUCCGCCACCAACAUCAAGGGCAAGUACGACGGCUUCAACGAGCAAAUCGCCAGCAACAAGGGCGUCCUCAAGAGCGACAUCGUGCCCGCGACCUACUGCCCCUGGCUGUCAUUCAACAACAACGCGCAGCUCAACCGCUUCGGCGUGCGCAACGGCGGCGCCCAGGACGCGGCGCUGCUGAACGAGAAGUGGGAGAGCUUUGCGCUGGGGCCGGUGGACGGCGACUUCGAGACCAAGGGCGAGGGCAAGGAGUACUAUUUGAUCUCGUUCUCGGAUAACGACUUCAUCACGCAGAAUGGGUAUAUCAACUUUGGCAAGCAGGCGUACAGGGAUGCUUCGGGGUUUGACCUCGACUCGCAGGUGCUGGUGUUCAAGGUCAGGCUGCCGAAGGGGGCAAAGCCGUUGUAGAUGAUGAUCCCGAUCAUGUAGACAUGGACUAUGCUUUCGUUUCUUGUUCACGCGUGGACCGCUGUAGUGAAUAGCAUGGAUGUUGCCGAUUAGGUAGACUAUGAUUAUGCUUUCG